GCAUCGUCAAUCGAAACAUCCCACCAUAAACAAGUCCCGGCCAGCGCCAACAACCUUCAAAAUGGCAGGCCCUCAUGCGUCCAUCGACCCGGCGUACAUCAAGUACAACAACAUGAUUGUGAACCGGCACAAGUACUUCCGCUGGACGAAGCGCACCGCAUUCCUCUCGUUCGCGUACGUGGUUGCCGUCCCGGCAUUUGUUGGAUACUGGGCUUUCGUGACGGAUGGAAAGUUGGAAUUCAGGGGGAAGAGGAAGGGGGAUACGAUUGUUGAGUUUUAGAGCAGGGAAGAGAUGGGAGGUGGGAGUGUACAUAUCAGCGGAAUUGAAAAUGGAGAUAUUUUAAAGAUCUAUUG